CUUGCGGUCGUGUCGUCAUGUGAGCUGUUUUCGCUCUCUGAGCACUUUGCAUUUAACUGAGUAGGUUGUUUUGGAGUGAUGUCGCACCAUCACUUGAGACAUUUGUGGCUCAAAAUGAGUUGUACACUUCGCUAAUUAUUGCUGUUGCCGUCAACAUUAAGGCGACGGUUCAGAUGAAAUGGAGAUAACGCGUACCAGACCUUCGUUGUAUGGAGACAUCGGUAAGUAGCUUAAACGCUCGGUGACUAAUUGUAUUGCCAAAUAAUGCUUUAUGACAGCUUUAGUACAAUAUUUGCGGGAUCGUUUUCUGUGGCUAAUAUUAUUUUCUAUGUGUGAAAUGCAUAGUUAGAUCAAAGUUAGCGUGCUAAUAGGUGACUAUGAGACUAAUGAUUAAGCUUGUUAAGGCUGCAGUAUGCUACAGCGUAGCGUCUUGAUCCUGUUACAGUAUGCUUUUUGGCGGGGGCUGAGCUUAUGACGUGCAAUUCUUUACCAAAACGGCAGGGGCAGUGUUUUUCUGAAAGUCAGCAACCACAACUCUCGUUGACUAGCUAUUUGGCUUCCCGUGUAUGAGUUGUGAACAAUGGCGACUGAAGCGACUUGAUCAUUGUUGGAGCUGGAACUAAUCUUUAUGAAACAAGUUAACCAACAGUCUUUGACUGUAUACGCCGCAAUUAGUCGCAUUCUUUUGGCGGCUUUACAUGUCUACAUGUGUUUUGUGGACUUAGAGAAGGCAUAUGACCGUUUUCGUUGAAUAAUUAUGUGGGGAGUACUCCUGGAAUAUGGGGUACCCAACCACCUAAUUCAGGCUGCUCGUUUCCCGUGUGACCGGUGUCAGAGUUUGGUUUACAUUGCUGGCAAUAAGUCGGACCCGUUUCCAGUGAGGGUUGGACUCUGCCAGGGCUGCCCUUUGUCACUGAUUCUGUUCAUUACUUUUAUGCACAGAAUUUGUAGGUGCAGCCAGGGCGUUGAGGAGUUCCAGUUUGGUGGCUGCAGGAUUGGGUCUCUGCUUUUUGCAGAUGACGUGGUCCUGCUGGCUUCAUCGAGCUGUGACUUUCAACUCUCACUGGAUUGGUUCGCAGCCAAGUGUGAAGCGGCUGGGAUGAGAGUCAGCACCUUCAAGUCCGAGCCCAUGGUUCUCACCCGGGAAAGUGUGGAGUGUUGUCUCCAGGUUGGGGAUGAGGUCCUGCCCCAAGUGGAGAAGUUUAAUUAUCACGGGGUCUUGUUCACGAGUGAGGGAAAGAUGGAACGCGAGAUGGACAGGCGGAUUGGUGCGGCGUCUGCAGUGAUGCGGACUCUGCAUCGCUCCUUUGUGGUGAAGAGGGAGCUGAGCCAAAAGGCAAAGCUCUCAAUUUACCGGUCGGUCUACGUUCCUACCCUCAUGAGCUUUUGGUAGUCACGGAAAGUACAGGAUCACGGGUACAAGUGGCCAAAAUGGGUUUUAUCCGUAGGGUGGCUGGGCUAUCCCUUAGAGAUAAGGUGAGAGGCACUGUCAUCCGUGAGAAACUCAGAGUAGAACCGCUGCUCCUCCGCACUGAGCCAGAUGAGGUCUCUCGGGCAUCUGGUCAGGAUGCCUCCCAGACGCCUCCCUGGGGAGGUGUUCAGGGCACGUGUGACCGGUAGGAGGCCUCGGGGAAGACCCAGGACACGUCGGAGAGGCUAUGUCUCUCAACUGGCCAGGGAACGCCUCGUGACCUGCGGGGAGGAGCUGGACGAAGUGUCCAGGGAGAGGGAGGUUUGGGCUUCCCUGUUUCGGCUGCUGUCCCUGCAACCCGACCUCGGAGUAUCGGAAGAAGAUGGAGGAGUGGAUGGCAGAUUUUUUGGAGCUUCCAUAGGAGGGGAAAUCCAGAAAUGGUGUACUAAAAAAAAAAGCAGAGCAAUCACAGGUCUAAGCUCCGCAUCACCGUUGACGAGAGCCCAUGGUCUUGGAUUCUGGACGGACCGGACUGCUGUCCACGAGGCGGCCGCACAAGGAAGAGCGGUCCAACUGCAGCAGCUAAUUGAAAGCGGUGCGGCUGUGAACAUGGUGGCAAUCGACUCCAUCACACCCUUACACGAAGCGUGCAUACAGGGCCACACCCAGUGCGUCAGAUUACUGCUUGGUGCCGGGGCACAGGUUGAUGCUCGUAACAUAGACGGAAGCACGCCGCUGUGCGAUGCCUGUGCUGCUGGCAGUCUGGAGUGUGUCAAGGUGCUACUAGAGUACGGCGCGACUGUCAAUCCCCCACUGUUUACCUUCUCACCGCUUCAUGAGGCAUGCAUGGGAGGCAAUUCUGAUUGUGUCCAGCUAAUGAUCGACCAAGGAGCCUUCAUGGAGGCUCACGACUGCCACUAUGGCACGCCACUCCAUGUCGCCUGCGCCAGGCAACAUUACGCCUGCGCUAAAGUUCUCCUCAAUGCGGGUGCAAAUGUGAACGCCGCCAAGCUGCAUGAAACCGCCCUCCAUCAUGCGGCCAAAGCAAGGAAUGUUCACUUGAUCGAGCUGCUCGUGGAGUUUGGCGCCAACUUGUACGCCAGAGACAACCUGAACAAAAAGCCCAUCCAGUACGCUGGUUUAGGGUCGCCUUCCUACCUUUGCUGUCAGUUUUAUGAAGACACACCCCUCAGUCUCCAGCAGAUCAGCCGGGUGGCUUUGAGGAGGAUGCUGGGCGUGAGGGCGCUGGACGUUUUCUCCAAGUUGGGUCUGCCCAGUCGCAUCGUAGGUUUUCUAUCGUACAUGCCGCCUCCCAUUUUUGAAAUUUGACCAAGCCAAAGCUCAAGAACAGUUUGACUGUUAAGGCUAUGAAUUGCUCUAAGAGGUGACAGAGUUUACAUGAUGGCGACACGUAUCACUACUAUACUACUGUAUAUGCAAAGUGUAUAUACAGUAUAAUGUAAGUAUGCUUGAUUGUACAUUUGUAAAUAACACAGAUUGUUCUGUAUGUAACUUGUGUAAAUAAACAGACUUCUCCAA